CGCGGGGCGCUCGGACCGGCGGCGCCGGCCGCGAUGCAGGCGGCGGAGCGGGACGCGGCCGCGGGCGGCCCCGAGGCCGUGGCGGGGGGCGCGGAGGCCCCGCCGGAGCCGCCGCUGCCGCCGCCUCCUCCCAAAGCCGCCGCGGCGUUCGAUCUGCUGGAGCUGGUGCGGAGCUACCGGCGGCUGGAGUUGUACCUGGAGCCGCUGCGCGACGCCGCCGGAGCCGUCCGCGGCCUCCUCCGGUGGCAGCGGCCGCUGUGCUCCCUCUUCACCUGCCUCGGCCUCAACGUCCUGCUGCUCACCCUCGGGCGAGCCGCCUGGUACUCAGUGCUCGCCCUCUUGGUCCUGGUGCCAGCCCUGCUGGGCUACCUGCAGGAGACAUGCCGGACCCACCCCUCGGAGCUUGAGCUGCUGCGCAGGAGGUACCACAGUGUCCGCCGGGAGGACCUGCGCAAGGUGCAGCUCUCACGGCAGGAGGCCAUCGCCCAGGUCAAGAGCUUCCUGAUCCAGCUGGAGGGCUUCCUGAGUGGGAUGUGCUGCAGCUGCGAGGCAGCGUACCGUGUGCUGUACUGGGAAAACCCCACUGUCUCUUCCCAGUUUUAUGGGGUGCUGCUGGGCUCUGUGUGCAUCCUUUACCUGCUGCCCCUCUGCUGGGUCCUGGCCAUCCUCAACAGCACUCUCUUCCUGGGCAACACCCAGUUCUACCAUGUGAUAAUGGAGCUCAAGGCCUCAAUCGAGCAGUGUGUGGGCACCAAACCCCUCGAGAGUGUUCCAGAGCCCACUGAACCUCUGCCAGCUGCUGCUGCCCCCCCGGAUCGGACCCCCACACCUACCAGCACAGAGGACCUUACGCCUGGCAGCGUGGAGGAGGCGGAGGAAGCAGAGCCUGAUGAAGAGUUCAAAGAUGCUAUCGAGGAGACCCAGCUGCUGGUCAUGGAGGAUGAUGAGAGCUCUCAAUGCUCAGCAGAUUUUGACCUCAGCCUCCCAGACAAUGGUUUUAUGAGCAAAAACGAGGUGAUCCGCAGCAAGGUGUCACGCCUGACCGAGCGCCUGCGCAAGCGCUACCCCAGCAACAACUUUGGAACCUGCACAGGCUGCUCAGCUACUUUCUCUGUGCUCAAGAAGAGGCGGAGCUGCAGUAACUGUGGGAACAGCUUCUGCUCCAGGUGUUGCUCCUUCAAAGUUCCCAAGGCUGUGAUGGGAGCCACGGCUCCGGAGGCUCAGAGGGAGACGGUGUUUGUGUGCGCUCUGUGCAACCAGGUGCUCAUCAAGUGAUGGAAACAGGCCCAGCCAGCUCCUGGAUGUCCUGCACUGCCUGACACUUGUAACAGCGGGAGCCCUGCCCUUGCUCUCUCGGAGCCUGGGCUGCUUGGUUCUCAGCAUGGUGUCACCCUGCGAGAGGGUGCUUGCGCUCCCCACUCCUGCUAGCACCAGGCUGGGGGCAGACCAACUCUCCUUGCCCUGUAGCAUCUGCCGCACCAGCUCUGUCCCUGAGGUGGAGCAUUGCCCACAGCCAUGUCCCCAUCCCUGCGGCUGCACCCUGGCAGCUGCUCCAAGCCCUGGGUGCUCCCUGGCACACGCUGUGCCCUGCCACGUACUUGCUCAGGCGCUGUGGCCUGGCUUAGUGAUGAAGGAGCCAUCCUUCCCUCCUGUGGUCCUACCUCCACCUCCUGGGUGGGGCAGAACAACCUCAGGGCUCUGUCCCUACCUUUCCCAGCACUGUGCUAAGUGACUGUAUUUUUGGCGUCAGGUCAGAGCCCUACCUGCAUCCCUGGGAGAUGUGGUCUUUGCUCCUGGCUGAGCUGAGGCCAUGCUAGUCACUCCUGUGCUCCUCAGCCUCACUGCCUGCAGGUUUAGUCUUUUCCCCUCCAUAUCUGGCUGUAGUGCAGAGGAGGCAGGAGGGCAAGUUUGGGCUGGGCUGCGAGGACGGGUCUCUGGCUGCAGCGUGAGAAGAGGCAGGAGUUGGUGCUGCUCUGUGCACUUAGUGACUGCUGCUUUCUACUACAGAUUAAUAUAUAAGUGUAUAGAGAAUGACCAAUAAAUCUCUUGCCCUCAGCUGGCUCGCUCUUACCCUGGCAAAAGCUGUCCCAGUCCUAGGUCACCCCAGCACCUCUGUGGCUUUGGACCUACUCUUCUGCAGGUGGUUACCGUGAAAUGGUGUGUCUCUGCCCCCAGCUCCCCUUGCUUACUGGGGUUUCCAUCUUCUGUCAUCCUGUGGCCUUGUUUGCCCCCUGCUUGGGGCUGUGUGCAGCUGUCUGCCCUUGGCUGUGCCGUGGCUGGAUCCUGCUGGACUGGAGCUGGGGAGAAGCUCAGCUCUGGCAGGAGCUGCUGGGUGUCCUCUGCCUCCUGGAGCUGCUCCUUCCCCUUGCCCGCCCAGGCGGUGGUCCCAGCAGCUGCCUGUGCACACAAGGGUGACCUUUCCCUGUGUGAACAGCAAAGCUCCCAGCUAUUCCAGGAAUGUG